ACAGGUGACAUCAGCUAUGCAUAGCAAUACGUAUGCGCACACGCAUCGCUUCCUGAGUACACAUUAUACCUUCGCAGGUAACGGGCCUAUACGAAAACAUAAUAGACGAUAUAGUAUAAUAGUGUCGUCCGUGUGAAUCGUACCAUUGUGACAUUUUUUGUUAUUUUUUUUUUGACAAAAAAAUAUUCGAAAAAAAAUUAAAAGAUUGGUUAAGAAACAAAACCUUAGAGGAAGGGAUAAUCUGAAUAAAUUUAACAAAUUUGGCAGACAGUGGUCAUAAGGAAAACGACAAAAAGGAAAAUAAGGAAAAACGACGAAAUUUUCAUACAACGCAAAGAAAACUUUUCCAACUAUCAAAACGAUUCCAUGCAUUAAAAACCAAUUAAGAUCAAUAUAAACUCUAAAAUGAUGAACAUUACGUCAAUCAAGAUGAUAUUGCUAAUACUAUUGUGUCGUUUCGUGGAACCAGCACCGCUGCAUAUGCAGAUGGGGCACAUGCAAUACCCAUUGAUGUCCAUGCCGAACUUGCAGCAAAUGGUGGAAUUGCAGAGGUUGCAGGCGAAUCCGUUCUCUAUGAUUCAACAACAACAACCGCUCGUCAUCCUUCUACCGAAUGAUGAUUUGAAGACAAACCAGCUCGACGACACAGAUGCAAAAACAAAAAGCGACUUUGGGAAAGUUGAUGAAGAUUUAGAUUCCGUUGUAAUAGACGCUCCAGAGGAAAAACCACACAGAGCAUUAGUACUUUUACCAAACGCUAGAUUCUCUAUCGGUGAUUUUAUUUCCUCCAUACCGUUUUUGCCAAUAGAAAUCAAUGUUCCUGAUUCUAUUUCGUGGGCAUAUAAUGGAAUAGCUAAUGGUAUAUCUGGUAUUAUAUCUAUUAUUGGACAGAGAUUUCCGUACCAAAGACCCAUGGCUAGUCAGGAUUCUGGAAGUCUUAAAUUAUUGAAUACAUUACGAUUACGGAACCAGCCUAUUAUGAUUAUGCCUUUUGAAACGCAAAGACUGAAUCUUCCUAUACAAGUAUAGUAAGUAUGUAGGGAUAAAAUUUAACACCAAAGAGUAAACAUAGUAGGUAUUUAUUGUUCGCGUUGAAGUUUUGUUUGCUAUAAAGUUUUAUGUAUUAAUUUCGUUUAUUCUUAUCUGUCAUAAAUGUUUUACCGUUAAUUUAUUGAACAUGAAUUCUAUUGUGUUUUAUGUGUCUAAAUUUUUGAAUUAGCAUCCAGAUCACAUCUGUUUCCAAUAAACAAUUGGAAAAUAUAACCCUACCAAUUAUAAA